AUGUCCUUAAUGCAAAAGACCUCUACAGUAAUAAUAUCCUCAUUACACUUAAUCAUAAUUGCAGGUGUAUUGGGUGUAUCUAGAAAUUCAUCGAAAGAUGAUAUUAAAAAGUAGUAUUUCAAGCUUGCUAAGCAAUUUCAUCCUGAUAUCAAUAAGACGCCAGAGGCCAAGGAAAAAUUUGCUCAAAUUAAUGAAGCAUACGAGACUCUAGGAGAUGAGGAGAGAAGACGUGUAUACGACUCAACAGGUAUGGACAGCAAUGAUCAAAGAUAGGCAGGUGAUGAUUUCUCUGGUGGAUUUGGAUUCAACCCAUUUAGCAGUGCAUUUUGGGGAAGUAAGAAGUCUGAAAACGCAGCUUCUCCAGAGUAAAACUUUUAAGACAUGUUUAAUGAAUUCGAGAAUUUCUUCUCGAUGAAAAAUAAAAAUACUAGCAGUUAAACAUCCUCUGGAUCUCUCAAAGGAAAAGAUGUCUAUGCUAAUAUUGAAAUAGAAUUUUUGGAUGCAAUCAAUGGUUGUCAAAAAUAGAUUCAGUAUUAGAGGACUAAUAAAUGCUCAAGCUGUGAUGGAACCAAGAUAAAACAAGGUACCACUAAGUAAAAUUGUAUGGCAUGCUAAGGCUAAGGUUAUUAAACAAUCAAGAAAGGUAAUGUUGUUAUCUAGUAGGCAUGUACUGCUUGUUUUGGCUAGGGUUCUACAUUUUAAAAUUGCUUGAGUUGCAAUGGUACAGGUAGCUAAUAUAACUAAGUAAAAGAGAGCAUUACCAUUCCAAAAGGAGUUGACUCAGGAAUGAACCUAAGGCUAAGUAAAAAGGGUAAUUUCUCACUGAGAGGGGAUCCUGGAGACCUUUUAAUCAAGAUAAAUGUUAAACCUCAUCCCUAUUUUUCUAGGCAAGGCUUUGAUAUUCAUAUAACUAAAAAGCUAAAUUUAUCUCAAGCAUUACUGGGAGGGAAAUUUUAAGUUAAAACACUUUAUGGUACAGCUGAUAUAACUAUCCCUGUUGGCAUCUAAAAUGAUUAGCAAAUUACUAUUCCUAACAUGGGAGUUAAUAAGUUACCCCCAAAUUAGAAUUAAAAAGGAAAUUAGGUUGUUAAUAUAAAAGUAAUAUUACCUAAGAUAUUAAACGAAGCUUAAAAAGCAGCUUUGAUAGAGUUUGGUAAAUAUGAAGAAAAGUUUCCUGAUGAAUGA